GGUGGAGCAGUCUGGUUGUGUGCAUUUGGAGGAGCUGCACUUAUAGAGAAAACGCCUUUGAAUGCCAACACGGUUGAGAUACAGCAUCGGCAUACUCAACUGGAGUUGUUUUCUGCAGGUCCAUUUUUACAGAUAAAACAAAAGAAGGCUGACGAAAGACCUGCAUCUCAAGGAUGUCCGUCCGUAUACUCUCUUCAGCGAUACGAACACAUUUACAUAUUCACAAAAUACAUACAGCUGUAUCUGUGAGAUACUAUGCAGGUCGCCCAAGAGCAUAUGUGCCAUAUGGAAAAACAGGAGACGGAAAUUAUGGAUCAACACUCGGAAAGCAGAAUGCUGGCUACAUGGAACCAGUACGAGACAAGAUCCUUAACUUGGUCAAAUCCAUUCCAUUCACUGCCAAAGACUCAGUGUUCAACAUAGGCGACUAUGGCGCAGCUGAUGGCUCUGCUUCCAUGGUCUUCAUUGGGCAGAUGUUGGCAACUCUGAAAGAUCAGCACGGUCCAGAGGCACAAUUCCAGGUCAUCUAUGAAGACUUGGAAGUGAAUGAUUUCAAUUCCCUGUUCAAACGUAUGUCAGGAAUCAUUCCCGAACCUCCUUCAUACCUUCUGGAAAUGGACAACGUCUAUGUUUUCGCUGAUGGGACAAACUUCUACAAACAAUGUGUACCUUCAAAUUCAAUGCAUUUCAUCAUGAGUAUGAUCUCUGUUCACUGGCUGUCGAAGACUCCAACAAACUUUAAGGACUCAAUUUACAAAACCCCUGAGAGUAGUGCUGAGGAGAAGAUGGCUUUAGAAAAACACUCUGAGAUCGACUUCGAGACCUUCUUACUUUGGAGAAGUCGAGAAAUGAAAAAGGGAGGCCUGCUUAUUCUUGGUGCCGGAUGUGAGACUGUAGACAAGAACAGUGGAAAAAUCAAGUAUAUUGUUGAGACGUUCAUAACGUUACUCACUAAGGUUUGGCAGGAAUAUAGAGAAUCUGGGAAAAUCUCAAAAGAAGAAUUUUUGAAUACAAAUCUUUCAUUUUGCCUUCACAGCAUGGCUCAGCUGAGAAAACCAUUCGAUGACAAAAUGUCAGCAGUUUCCAAAUCCGGACUCUGUCUCUUGUCAGCUGAAACGGUUAUCAACCCUGACAUAUUUUACACAACAUGGAGGGAAAAGAAAGACAAGGAAGGGAUUGAUGACAGUGAGGAGUUUGCUCGGAUGUACACAUCGGCCCAUAGGAACUGGAGCAAUAGCACCUUCAUGAACGGCCUCUCAGACUCCCGCUCACAGGAGGAGAAGAAGAAGAUAGUGGAUGAGUUCUAUGACAGUGUUGAAAAACGAAUUUCAAAGCUGAGCCCCGAAGAAUUCAAGGAUGAUUUGCGAUUCACAUAUCUUGUGAUCAGAAAAGAAUAGCCAGCUUACAAUCCUCAAGAAGAGCAAGACUUUGUAUCAUGUCCACAUACAUACAUAUAAAUGCAUAAUAACUAAUACUAUGUUAUCGAUUUUAAUUCUUUAAUGUCCCACAAUACUUGAAAUUUCAAGAAGCACGUUUCAAUUUCGAACACCACACGAACACCAUUUCACCCAAGUUGUUUAACUUUAGGAACAGGAUAUGGAUUUGGCAUCUUGUGAUGUAAUUCCACUACUUGUGGCUGCCAAGACUGAUUAUACUGCUUCCAACACGUUGGUCAUGCAUACAAACUGGUGACUUCUCUAAUAUUGACAACCUUCGUCAGUUAUUCAAAUGUGAAUCAACAUGUCGUAAGGAGCCUCCUGUCCGUUGAGAUUACAACUUUAAAAUAAUGAUGGAUACUGUCAAAGAAUCUGCCAACACAUUAUUCCCAAGAGCAGAGGAACCUGUUUUUCAGAGUGUGUUAGGUCAGUACGUGAUGUUGUCAUUGGGAGAAUGAAAUUGAAAAAUGGGAACCAGAACUGGAGUAAAUAUAUUCUGUUCCAACCAGAUGUCAUCUAAAGUCUGGUUUCCCUCCCUAUAUGAAAUGUUUGCAGUUUGUCCCACUGCAAAGGUCUCAAAUAACAUAACCAUUAUAUCUUAUGUCAUUACAAUUAAUAACAUUAGAGGAAAAUAUGAAGAGUGUAUAUCAUUUUAUUGAGGACAGAGCAGGAUUACAUGCUUCUCAUCUUCUAAAACAGAGCAUUUAAUACAAAGAAUAUCAUUAAUAUGUACAGUACUUCAACGUAUUCGUAGUUUCUGUAAGCUAAUACAUUAUACCCACUUCCAGAUUGUUAAUUACUUCUAUGUGAUAUGUGCAAAUAUCAAUAGACAGAUAUGUCACCGACAUAUUGAGCAAACCAUAAGAAAGGCAGAGUAGCCCAAUUUGGGUAUGUUCUAUUGCAGGUUUGUUGCAGCGUAUCAUAUUAUUGAAAUAUCUUGUGGCAGUGAAACCUGAUUGAGUCAGUCCCGAAUAAGACUCACUGAACUUUCGGUUGACUAAUUCCGUAAUAUCUCUUUGUGUAAAUUCUCAUAUCUCACUUCCAUAAGUACAAUUUCCUGAAUAAAUUUUCGAAAGCAUUUAUGAGUUACAUUUCCUCCAAUACGUAUUACAAUUAACAACACUAACACCACAAACAUUGGAGAAGUACUAUCAGACCCUAUUUAGUGUAAUCUUCAGUUUUAGAAAACCGAUUUCAUUAUAAGAAAUUAUUUUAAGGGAAUUUACACUAUGAAAGAUCUCUGUAAUGAAGAUGAGAUAGUGCCCUUUAGUGAACUGAAAACAAAAUACUAAAUUAAAAUUAGUGACUAUUACCAAGUUCUAUUAAACAUACCAAAAUCCUGGAAAGAUACUAUAAGAAAUAAUCACAUUAUCUUAUAUAAUCAACAUUUAAAUACAAAUUUGAUGGACUUGUUUGUAGCGCCUAAAGGCUCCAGAUAUUUUGAUAUGCGUGUUUUAGUGCUGACAUUGAUUUAAUUUUGUUGAUAUGACUCAUGUCAUUUGAAUUGUUAGUGCUGUAAAUAAACAUAUGAGUAACAGUU